AUGGUGCGCGCCCUUGUGCUCGCCCUACUCCUCACUUGCCAGGCCAUAAAGGCGCAAUGGAUUGCAGGUGGUAGCCCGACCAUGUACUGCGAAUCUCCUGAAGUUUAUGGUGGGGUUCGCAUUCAUCUCGCAGGAUACAACGCGUCCUUGGCACCUAGCAUCACGAACCAAUACUACGCCAACUACAAUGCGUUUUUUGAUUAUGACAACUAUCUGCAACAAGCAGGCAACAUUGGAGACUCGACUUGGUCAUCACCCAUAUUGUCUCUGAGCGACGUGCGCGGCGUGGCCCUGGAAGGCCACGUAUCUGUUAUCACAGUGUCUGUCAAGUUUGCCGCACCCGGAUCAGCAUAUGAUCAGCCUGAUUUUUUCCGUGUCACCCUUGUAUUUCUGGGCGGUGAGCAGCAGAAUUUGGAAACUAGUGAUGUCCUGUAUGUCACUGGAGCAACUUCUGGUGGCAUUAUUACUAUGCAGACGCCUAUCAACGGCUUGGAGCUGGGGGUGGACCGGAACUCGAAUGUGCUCAAAUUUACGAGCACCUUUUCGCUUCAUGCCGACACCGAGUUUAUGAGGGUGGAUUAUGACUUUGGUACAACGCAUCGAGAUGAGUACUUUCUGUUUGGCGAUCUUGUCGUACUAGGCUGUGACACAGGCGCCGAUUGUGAUCAGUGUCCUGAGGGGUCGGAGCUUAACGCCGAGCGCAGUGGCUGUGACACUUGCGCUGCUGGUAGCUAUCGCUCGGCUGGAAUGAACGAGUGUGCCGUGUGCGCGGACGGCACCGAGCCGUCAGGAAACCUAGCGUCGUGUGUGCCGUGUUCAGGAGCUGCAUAUCGUGAUGCAUUGAGCAUGGACCAGUGUGCGGCGUGCCCCGUGGGCUCAGAGCCCAACUCGGAGCGCAGUGGCUGUGACACGUGUGCUGCUGGUAGCUAUCGCUCGGCUGGAAUGAACGAGUGUGCCGUGUGCGCGGACGGCACCGAGCCGUCAGGCGACCAAGCGUCGUGCGUGCCGUGUUCAGGAGCCGGGUAUCGUGAUACAUCGAGCAUGGACCAGUGUGCGGCCUGCGCCGUGGGGUCAGAGCCCAACUCGGAGCGCAGUGGCUGUGACACGUGUGUCGCUGGUAGCUAUCGCUCGGCUGGAAUGAACGGGUGUGCCGUGUGCGCUGAUGGCACGGAACCGUCAGGAAGCCAAGCGUCGUGUGUGUCGUGUACAGGAGCCGAAUAUCGCGAUGCGUCGAGCAUGGACCAGUGUGCGGCGUGCCCCGUGGGCUCAGAGCCCAACUCGGAGCGCAGUGGCUGUGACAUGUGUGCUGCUGGUAGCUAUCGCUCGGCUGGCAUGAACGGGUGUGCCGUGUGCGCUGAUGGCACGGAACCGUCAGGAAGCCAAGCGUCGUGUGUGCCGUGUUCAGGAGCCGCAUAUCGUGAUGCAUCGAGCAUGGACCAGUGUGCGGCGUGCCCCGUGGGAUCAGAACCCAACUCGGAGCGCAGUGGCUGUGACAUGUGUGCUGCUGGUAGCUAUCGCUCGGCCGGAAUGGACGGGUGUGCUGUGUUCACAGACAACAACGUCCCGACGACUGAUGAUGCAAAUCACCAUAGUUCCAAAAAGCCUCGUCAAACAGGGCUGGUUGCUGCUGGUGCCAGUGGUGGUAUCGUGCUGUUGGUCAUUGGUUUGGCUUUGCUCGUUUACUUUUGUAGGCGCAGGACGAAAGCGACCUCAGUGGGUUCGGAGAAUAUUUACGACCUUUUCGAAGUGCACGAUAAAGAUGUGUGGGAAUUUGAGAGGCACAAUUUAUGGAUUGGCCCAAAGCUGGGGAAUGGUGCCUUUGGUGAGGUGUUUCAAGCCUGGAUUGCACAUCAGUCCGCAGAUGGAAAGCAAGCUUGUGCUGCCAAACGACUUCCACCUGGUGCAUCAUACGAAGCUCAUCAGGACUUUCGGGCCGAGCUGGCCCUGAUGAAGGAGCUGGGCACACAUCCUAACGUGAUUGGCCUUGUUGGGCACUGUUUUCAGGACGAGCCACCCAUUUUACUGGUCGAGCUGGCCGAGUUAGGGAACCUUCGGGACCUUUUGCGCAAGGGCCGGGCCUCUGAAGGUCGUGCUCAGUCACAUUCUGUUGGACAGUUGAUCGAGUUCUGCCGUCAGAUUGUGAAUGGCAUGGCUUUUCUGGAACAAAACGACGUCAUCCAUCGAGACCUUGCCGCUCGAAAUGUACGAAGACAUCGCUUGGCCAAGUUUGAGUUCAAGCACCUGUGUGUGCUGGUGGACCAACAGAUGACGUGCAAGGUCAGUGACUUUGGUCUGGCAAGGACGCUGGAUGGUGAGCAAUACACAACAACCACCACCAGGCUCCCUGUAAAGUGGAUGGCCCCAGAGAGCUUGGGGAGACGAAUUUACACGACGAAAUCCGACGUCUGGGCCUUUGGAGUGACCAUGUGGGAGAUCUUCUCGUUGGGGGGAACCCCGUAUCAGGAGUACCGCAAUGCUCACAUUUUGAACCUGCUGGAGUCUGGCUAUCGUCUUCCUGUGCCAAUGCAAAUGCCAUCAAAGGCACACGGGAUCAUGCAGCAAUGUUGGUCGAUGGAAGCCGAAGAACGACCGGCCUUUGCAGAGCUCAUCGGAUCGUUCACGGGCUGGCGCUCCGAGUCCCUUGGCUGUGCGAAUAACGGUGAAGUUUUGUAUGAGACAAUUGCUGAUGUGCAGGAGGCGCUUGAGGACCUUGGUCUCCACGCCCCUGCCCAUGGUUUCAUCAGCGGCGCUCAGCCUUCAGUCAGAAAAUUACCCAAAGCCCAAGCCGCAUUCGAUGUCGUGCUCAAUCAGCGGGACGCCGACGAAAUGACUGAGGUUGGUUGA